CGCUCAUCGUCACUCGUAGGAUAAGCUGCUGCUUCCAGUGCGCAAAGUGCUUCCCUCAUCGUGAGUCGCCUCAGAAACAGAUCCGGUCCCUAGAUGUAAAAGCUACUUCGGAAAGCGCGUGUGCCGUGUGACGCAUGUUAUCGCCACCUGUUCGCCGGAUUUCGACCAUUUUUUGUGUUGAGCUGUCACUGUCUGCGAGAUUAGGCUGGAAGAUUUACUACUCAGCAACAUUGCACUUUGAAACGGAAGCAGCUCUUCUAGUGUGACGGUUCAGUUUCCCAACGGCAAAGUUGAGAGACCGUGGCCGUGGUAUCGUACGAGAAAACAAAUUCUAGCACGUGAUUGUUGGAUCUUCUAAAAUAUGGAAGAAGAUACCAUUCUGCUCGAGGAUUCUUCCUUUGAAUCUUCCAGUGUUCCAACAAUGGCCACAACAGAGCGAUCAGUGUCGACGUCUGCGGAUGCACUGUCCACUGUAGUGCAAACAAUCGUUACCGAAGCUACUAGAUUGCUAAUAUCGAUCACGGAGCCUAGCACGAUGGAAACUACAGCCUCGACCGUGAGUGAACACACCACCACGGCCACCUUCACUACGAAAGCGUCCACGGGAACGCCAUUGGAUGUGCUCAGCUCUAGUACAGCAGCAUCGAUCGGUGGCGCGGUCAAGGAAGUGCUACUAUUCUCCUGGUUUGAUUACACCAUCUUCGCCCUCCUGUUACUCCUUUCGGCCUUCAUUGGAGCGUACUUUGGCUUCAUCUCCAAGAUAAAGCAAAACAACACGAAGGAGUAUUUACUCGGGGGCAAAACGAUGAAUAAGUUUCCCGUGUCCGCUUCACUGAUUGCUAGUCACGUUUCGGGAAUCACGAUGCUGGGAGUUCCUUCGGAGAUGUACAGCCAUGGGACGCAGUAUUGGAUGUUUAUAGUACCCGCAUUUUGUGUGGCAUUCUUCAUGAAGAUGAUCUACCUGCCCGUGUUCUACGACCUUCAGGUGACGUCCGCUUUCACCUACUUGGAGAUGCGGUUCGAUAAGUUCGUUCGCUCCGCUGCCAGCCUGGUGUACGCGAUUCAGUGCAUCAUCUACAUCCCGAUCGUGAUCUACGUUCCAGCGCUAGCGUUCAGCCAGGUCACCGGUAUUAACUUGCACGUGAUAACACCGAUCAUUUGCGUGAUCUGUAUCUUCUACACAACCGUCGGUGGGUUGCGAGCGGUGGUGUGGACUGAUACGCUACAGUUUGUCCUCAUGAUCGGUGCCUGUGUGGCGGUGAUUGCGCUCGGUAUCAGUUCCGUCGGUGGAUUCUUCGAGGUUUGGCAAGCGGCCGAACGUGGCAAACGGUUGAUCUUUUUCAACAUGGAUCCGAAUCCAUUCGUAAGGACAUCGUUCUGGACGGUCUGCUUCGGUUUGACCACCCUGUGGGUUUCGAACCUGGCAGUGAGCCAAGGUUGUGUGCAACGAUUCCUGGCCGUUCCGGAUCUUAAGGUGGCCAAAAACUCGCUCAUCAUCUUCACCGCCGGUCUCAUUUUUGUCAAAAGCUGUUCCUGCUUCAUCGGGCUGUUGAUCUACGCAAAAUACGAAACAUGCGAUCCAUACUCCGAGCAUAAGAUCAACAAAAUCGAUCAGAUUCUCCCGUACUACAUCAUGGACGUUGGUGCGAAGAUUCCUGGACUGCCCGGUCUUUUCGUGUCCGGUAUCUUCUCCGCGGCCCUCUCAACUAUGUCCUCGGUACUGAACACACUGGCGGGAACAAUCUACGAGGACUUUAUCCGUCACCGGAUGCCAAACGCUACGGAGAAAACGGCCAGCAACAUCAUGAAGCUGCUGGUGGUGUUGCUCGGUGUGCUGGUGCUUGGUCUCGUGUUUGUGGCCGAACGAAUGGGCCAAGUGAUGCACAUUGCCAUCUCGUUGUCCGGUGUCACCUCCGGGACGAUGCUGGGAAUGUUCACUUUCGGUAUGGUUUCGCGGCGUGUCAACACGAAGGGCAUCAUCAGUGCCUCGGUGGUGUCAAUGCUACUUACUGGUACGAUCAUGAUCGGAGCUCAAAUGAAUCCGAAACCACCAAUGUUACCACUGCGGACCGAUGGUUGCGAGGAUGCGUCCUCCUUCAUCAGCAACAUUACUACAGCGGCCACAACGGUUCUGUUGGAGAGCACCGAGAGAACUACCAGCGCUACGGACGAUAUACCGUUGCUCUUCAGGCUAAGCUUCAUGCAUUACUCGCUCGUAGGGCUGGUGAGCUUCUUUAUUGUGGCUUACGUCGUCUCCGAGUUUACCGGCGCCGGAAGUAUCAAUGACGAACGGUUACUAGCACCAUUCCUACGCAUUCCGGAGAAGCUCGAGAAGGAGAUGGCACUGAUGAAGCACAGCAUAAAGUACGAAGGAGUCGAUCUCGCACUGCUUGAGCUACAGAAGCCGAGCGAUUUGGAGAAGAAAUAGGAUCAGUAUUGUUAUUUCAUUGUAAAUAAAUGAAUUACUGCUAGGUUGUUGCUUUACAGCUUCAAAUAAAAGUAAUAACCUGAAAAUCGGUUGUUUGAUUUUAUUCAUAAGCUAUCCAUGAUCUUUCUGAAGAUACUUGUAAUCAAAUGCUAGA